CUCUGAAGGUGGUGUUAUUUUUAUGUUAAUGCACUCUGCUUGACUGACAGCGCGUUUACCGGAGCUGCCACACGGACAGUCCCACACCAGGAAGUGAGACCAGAGUCAACCUGGAGCGUAGAUCCUCCGAUCCAGACGUGUCACCGCUGCCUGGGCCAUUGUGGAGAGGAAUUGCUCGCUGUCACAGUGCUCUUCUUCUCACGGAGAGGCUGAGCGAUUAAUUCUCUUGUGACCUACUGAAUGCAACACUGUUUUGCUCUGACUCUGUCCAUCCUCUGUGCCUUUCACACAGAGGCCACAGCAUGUCUUCUUCAUCCUGAUGCACACACAGAUAAAUCAAAUCUUUGGGAUGAAAUAAACAAUGGCGUCUGAAGUACGGCAUCAGUGUAGACUGUAACGAGACGAGCUAUGAACUGUCUGUCAUGUAUGAGGAAGAAAUCAUUGUGUACUUUGAUGAUAAAGAGGACAGAGUUAUUUACACACUGCCGGACUUCGCUGCCCCCAUUAUGAUCCCCGAUCUGAUCAAAAACACUCACAAAGGAGGAGAGUUCUGUAAGAUGGCGCUGGCCGUGUUAAAUGACGUCUACGGGAGAGCACCUGAAGACACAGUACCACCCUGGAGUUCCAUCUACCCCAAGACUGAAACAGUGGUGAACAUAAAAAACACACUCAUCUGUCAUGUGACUGGGUUUUUCCCACCUCCUGUGCGAGUACUGUGGAGCAGGAAUGAUGUCAACAUGACAGAGGGUGUGUAUGUGAGCCCGUACUACCACAACAUUGAUGGCACUUUCAACGUCUUCUCCGCGCUGGCAUUCACCCCAGAGGACGGCGACAUCUUCAGCUGCACAGUGGAGCACCAGGCCCUCCAGGGACCCCAGACCAGGAUGUGGGAGGUAGAGGUGAAUGGUCCAGCGUACUUCCAUCAGUGAUGUGUGGACUGGGCCCUCGGUCUCGGCCUUCUUGGAGUGAUGACUGGAGCUUUUUUUCAUCAGCAAAGGCAAACAGCCUCGGCAACCGGUCCCGCUGUGGUUCUGAGAGGAGACUACAGGGAUGCACUUUAAACAGCUUUCCUAUGUACCUUCAGUUCUUAACUGAGUGACCCAGAUGAAUCCAAACCCGACAUCAGUGUUAGUACUACAGUCUUUCCGUAAACCUGUACGUGUUGCUGCACAGAGCUUUCCUGACUCUGUAGGGUUAUUUCACGCAGUAAGGGAGUUUCCUCACUACUGUUGCCCUCUGAAAAGCUGAAAAGCUGCUUUGUAACAAUGUCGUCUUUUUUUUUUUAAAGUUCCAUAUAUACAAAACUGAUCUUAAUGAAGGGUAUCAGCUCAAAGGGUGAAAAUUAAUGAAGUGUUGUUGGUGAUCUCUGUAAGAGGGAUGGUGGAAAAUGAAAGAUUUUCACAUCUCUCAAGAAUAAAAAAAAUCUUGUUUGUCUCA